AUGAUUGGUUCAAGACCAGAUUUAGCUUAUGCUGUGGGUGUUCUUAGCAGGUUCAUGUCAAAACCAGGCCAAGAGCACUGGGCAGAUGUUAAGUGGGUUUUGAUAUAUUUGAGGGGUGCAUCAAAGGUUAAUCUCACGUUUGUUAAAGGUUCAAGUUUCAGUGUUGAAGGGUACUGUGAUUCUGACUAUGCUACAGAUUUGGAUAGAAGGAGAUCAGUGACAGGUUAUGUUUUCAAAGUUUGGGGAAAUACAGUUUGUUGGAGAUCAAAUUUACAGUCUGUGGUGGCCCUUUCAACAACUGAAGCUGAGUACAUGGCUCUUUCUUCAGCCGUGAAAGAGGCCAUUUGGUUAAAAGGCAUUUGCGAUGAAUUGGGUUUUUCACAAGGGAGUGUUAAAAUCCAUUGUGAUUCACAGAGUGCAUUGGCGCUUGCAAAGAACUCUGUGUAUCACGAACGGACGAAGCAUGUCGCUACUAAGUACCAUCAUAUAAGGGAUAUUGUUGCACAAGGUGAUGUUACACUAUUCAAGAUUCAUACAAGUAGGAAUCCAGCAGAUUUUCUAACUAAAGCCUUACCUGGGCCUAAGUUUGAGCUCUGCUGUGAUCUCUUAAACAUCGUUUAG